AUGGGGGCCGCCCGGCUGCUCCGGGCCGCCCUUUGGGGCCUGCUCCUCCCGCUGGUAAGGGGUUUGCCUGGGCCCGGAAGCGGGCCUCCGAAGCACCGGGCGCCCGUCGCGCUACUCCGGCGUGCCCCGGGGUGGCGGUCGGGGCGGCUUCCUGAGGGAAAGAUGGGGAAGCUUUCCUAGCGAGGGGCGUUUCUGAGGGGCAAGGGGCUCGGUCCCGUGUGUUUGUGUUUGUGAUACCGGGUUCUUCUCAAAUGCUUUGCCACGUAAACAGAAUCACAGCCCGGGACUAACGAAACUAUGGCUGUGGGUAGAUCUGGGGGGUGGGAAGAAAAAAGAAACCUCCAUGGCUAUUGGUAGGUCGGGACGAGGAGCAAACCGGUACCGUGGCCAUUGCCGGCGCUCCCGGCUUGCCUCCCUCCUCCAGGGGCACCGGAUUAGGAACUGAAUGUGGAAUUAGGAUCAGUGGCUCCCAACCUUUUUUUUGGCCAUGCCUCACCUCAGCACCUCUAAAAUCCUGAUAGCUCCCCCUCCCGUGACAUAUUAUUCUUAUUAUUCAAAAAGCGAGCUCCUAUUCGCGUGGAGGACGCCUAGAAGGCCAUUCACUGUUAAUAACUCAUUCUUGAAUUGCCCCCCCUUAAAAAUCAAAUUGCCCCCCUGCGGGGCCUGUGCCCCAUGUUGGGAACCAUGGAGAUCUGAUGUGAGAUGGUGUGGAUUUAUUUAUUUUUUUACCUGGCUGCUCCUAUGAAUUCACAAAAUGCCUCCAGUUCUAGUAGGUAGGGCUUGGUUAUGUCAAAGAUUCCAGGAGGUAAUGAUGGGUCUCUGUGUAGACGUUUGCUGUAGGUGUGUGCAGUCAUACCUCGGGUUACAGACGCUUCAGGUUGUGCGUUUUCAGGUUGCGCACUGCACCGAACCCGAAAGUACUGGAACAGAUUACUUCCGGGUUUUGUGCUCGUGCAUGCGCAGAAGCGCUAAAUUGCACUUUGCGCAUGUGCAGAAGCGCCAAAUUGCAACCUGCAUGUGUGCAGACGCGAUGCUGCCGGUUGCGAAUACUGCGGGUUGCGAACAUGCCUCCCGCACGGAUCACAUUUGCAACCCAAGCGUCCACUGUAUAUGUGUGUGUAUGUACACACACCCUGGCAUGAUCUCAUUCAGCGGCUGUCAGGAUAACCGCAAGUCCAGGAUGCAGGUCAAGUUUUAUCCUUGCCUCCCGCCCCCAAAUUUUGUGAGGGAAAGUCAAAGGGUGCAAUUCACACCAUUAGGUUUGGGAGCUAAACUUGCUCCCUGCCUUUGGUAACUGCAGGCAUUGAGAAUUAUGCCUGAGACUUUAUCUGCAUCACCCCAACCGAGGUUGUGCUAUUAAUGUGAUGCAAUGGCUCUUAGAUUUUUACCAGGCCUAGAUUUGUAUUUGCAUUCACUAAUGCGGUUUUAAAUAAAUGAUUUAUUUGUUAGUUAGUUAGAUUUCUGCAGCACCCUUCAACUGAGGACCGCACUGUGGUUUACAGUGUAAAAACACAAAAACACAUAAGGUAAUAACAAUAACACCACACAUACUUUAAGAUUGUUUACUUAGCCAAAGACCUGGGGAAGAAGAACGUAUUCACCUGGCAUCUAAAGAUACGUAAUGAAGGUGUCAGGCAAGCCUCCCUGGGGAGAGCAUUCUACAAGUCAGGAGCCAACGCAGAAAAGACCCAUUCUCAUGUUACCACCAGCCGGACUUCUUGUACAACACACAAAGAAGGACCUCAGUUGAUGAUUGUAGGGUCCAGGUUGGUUCAUAUGGGGAGAAGUGGUCCUUGAUGUAUUGUGUCCUGAGUCAUUUAAGGCUUUCUUGGUCAAAAGUUGCACUUUGAUUUGGGCCCAGAAAUUGCAGUUGGGCCAGGAUUGGUGUUCUAGGCUCAAACUAUUUUGUCCCAGAGAGCAACCUGGCCACUGAAGUUUCAGAACCAUCUUCAGAGGCAGCCCCACAUAUAACAAGUUACAGACAUCUAACCUAGACAUUACUAGAGUAUAGACAACAGAAGUUUGGUUAUCCCUCUCUGGGUAGUGCAGCUUGGGCUACCAGCCAAAGCUGAUGGAAAGCACUCCAUGCCAUCGAGGUCACCUGAUCCUCAAGGGAUCCUGAAAUAACCCCAAGCUAUGGAGUUGCUCCUGCAGAGGGAGUGCAAACCAAUCAAGAGCAAGCCACAUCCCAUUCAAAUGGUCUAGGGAACCCCCUACUAACACUGCCUCUGUCUUAUCUGGAUUGAGCUUCAGUUUGUUGGCUCUCAUCCAGUCCAGGCAAGAAAACAGUCCAGCACAUACCAUGCUACACCUACAGAUGUAAAGGAGAAGUAAAACAUCAGGAAGAGCUUUCUGUUAGUAAGAGUUGUUUGACAGUGGAACAGCCUUCCAUGAGAGGUGGUAGAUUCUCCUUCCAUGGAGGUUUUUGAGAAGAGGUUGGAUGGCUAUCUGUCAUGUAUGUUCUAGUUGUGAUUCCUGCAUUGCAGAUGGGUUGGACUAGAUUAGCCUUGGGGUCCCUUCAAACUCUAAAAUUCUAAGAUUCUUUUAUCCUAAGUAGCACUGUGUGUCAUCAGCAUACUACUGACAAUGCAUUCCGAAACUCAGAUGAUUCCACUCAUUGCUGAAUUGCUCAUUGAAAAAUAGAUAUUUUGGGUAACAUGUUUUAACAACUCAGAUUUUGAGUAUAGUAUAAUAGUUAAAGGAGGCAUGCUGGGACCAGCAUAGUAUAAUGGUUUGAGAGCUGGACUAGGAAUGUGGAGACUAUCCCUUAGCCUAGCCUACUUACCAGGUUGUCCUGAGGAAGAAAGCAAGAUGAGCACCGCAACCCCAUAGUCGCCUUUGACUGGACUUAACCGUCCAGGGGUCCUUUACCUUUUUACUAGUGGUCUGACUAUAUAAGGAAGGUUCCUCUAUUCCUGUGUUAUGUCUAAACCACUGAGCCUUUGGGGCUUGCCGAUCAGAAGGUUGGCAGUUCGAAUCCCUGCAACGCAGUAAGCUCCCAUUGCUCUGUCCCAGCUCCUGCCAACCUAGCAUUUCGAAAGCACGCCAGUGCCGUGCAGGAAGGUAAAUGGCGUUUCCAUGCACUCUGGUUUCCAUCACAGUGUUCCGUCUCUUUCCAUAUGAACCUGCCUGGAUCUUCUGAGGCCCUUCUUCAUGUGCCGCCUCCUUGAGAGGUUCAGAGGCUGACAACAAGAGAACAGGCCUUCUCUGCAGUGGCUCCCUGUCUAUGGAAUGCCCUCCCCAGAAAAGUUCACCUGGCGCCUUCAUUAUACACCUUUAGGCACCAUGCAAAAACGUUCCUUUUUAACUAGGCCUUUGGUUGACCUGAUUGACAUCCUAUGCCCUUUUAAAAUAUGGCUCUUUUUGGAGGGGUGUUAUUGGGUUAUUGUUCUUAUUUUGAUUUUAUAUAUUGUGAUCUUUUCUGUACAUACAUUCAAUCAAUCAAUCAAUCAAUCAACAAAAGUUCUUGUGCAGACAUCAGUAGCAGCUUGCUAAAAAUAUCUACUUGUCCAGAUGAACCUAAGUGCUUCCUGCUCAGAUAUGUAGACUCCGUUUGAGGUAAAGAGACCUGCACAGUGAAUUCUGUUAGCAUUCUUCCAUGAGUGGGAUUGAGGAAGAAUUGUGUUACAUCAGAUUUCUAUGUUAAAAAGCUUUGAUAACUGCAAAGGGACAAUUCGGAGAAGAGGUGGGAGGAGAAGCUUAACCCUUUCCCCAACCUUCAUUUCCCCACAACCUCUCCCCACUAUAGGGUUGUAAAGUUAGAUGUAUCCUCACAAAUGCAUGUCUGGAAUCUUGUUUGGGAGUGAGAGGUUAGGGGGGAGUUGCAGGUGAAAAGUUUCAGGAGUACUACUCUUCUGUUUGGGAUGCGGGUGGCGCUGUGGGUAAAACCUCAGCGCCUAGGACUUGCCGAUUGCAUGGUCGGCGGUUCGAAUCCCCGCGGCAGGGUGAGCUCCCGCCUUUCGGUCCCAGCUCCUGCCCACCUAGCAGUUUGAAAGCACCCUUAAGUGCAAGUAGAUAAAUAGGUACCGCUUUCUAGCGGGAAGGUAAACGGCGUUUCCGUGUGCUGCGCUGGUGCAGGCUCGCCAGAGCAGCUUAGUCACGCUGGCCACGUGACCCGGAAGUGUCCUCAGACAGCGCUGGCCCCCGGCCUCUUAAGCGAGAUGGCCGCGCAACCCCAGAGUCGGUCACGACUGGCCCGUACGGGCAGGGGUACCUUUACCUUUACCUUUUUACUCUUCUGUUUCUGAGCUGCAGCUGCUGCUUCUAGUGAAAAGUACAACUGGGAGGAAUACAUUCUCUGAGAAGCAGCAGUUGUUGCUUUUUAUUACACACAUUCUUUGUUGUAACAUGAAAUUCUGUCCUUGGAUGCGUGUUAGAAAUAGGACUUGAUUCUGAAGUAUUAAAUAAGUGUUUGCUGAAGCUUUUUAAACACCGUGCAAAUCUGUAUGAGGCAAUUGAUCCUUGAUAAGUAUUGUUACUAUACUGUUACAAUCUGAGAAAUCUGAACAUCCACUAAUACCAGGGAUCAGCAAACUUUUUCAGCAAGGGGCCUGUCCACUGUGGGCGGCCAAACUAUAUUUUUUUGGGGGGGGGAAGGAACGAAUUCCUAUGCUCCACAAAUAACCCAGAGAUGCAUUUUAAAUAAAAACACAUUCUAUUCAUGUAAAAACACACUGAUUCCCGGACCAUCCACAGGCUGGAUUUAGAAGGCGAUUGGGCCAGAUCUGGCCCCUGGGCCUUAGUUUGCCUACCCAUGACUAAUACUGUUGGUACUGUUUUCAUUUCAUCUUUUGUGCAAACUGUGUUUGGCCUAUCAAAUCCUUGCUUCUUAAACGAGGGUUAGUUCAAGUUCUGUGCACCUUUGCACAAGCCUGGAAGCUGCAGUUGACCAUAGUUUCCUGUUAUGUUUGGACCAGGAAACUAUGGUUAAUGGCUUCUAAACAAGCCAGGAUUUCAAAGCAUAGUUUAAAGUUAUCUUUGUUUGGAAGCCCUUAACAGUAGUUCCUGGUUUACGCGUAAUGGGAAGCUCUGGUUAUCCUUGUCUUGCUGGUUGGUUUCCCAUCUCACACCAAGGCAGGAGCAUAGGUGCAUGAGGAUCAUGCUUAAUAAUCCAGGAUUUUAUGGUCCCAACAAGGAACUACUGCAAUGCACUACUAUAUGUUGGGCUGCCAACAUGUAACACUGAUUCUGGAACAAAUGCGCUGGGCUACCAGUUGGAUUAAGAACACUGCAAACCCGGAAGUAGGUGUUAUGGUUUGUGAACUUUGCCUUGGAAGCAGAACACGUUCCUCUUCCUGUUGAGUGUGUUCCCUUUGUAAAUUGAGUCCCCCGCUGCUUGGUUUAAGAUUGGACUUCCAGAACGGAUUAAGUUCGUAAACCAAGGUACCACUGUAUCAGUAAAUAUGUGUUAGGCUUAUGCAAAUUUCAUAGUUUUUAAUAUGUUGUAGAUCAAGCACAUGCCAAUGUUAGAGUCCCUUUCCCUCAUGUUCUUAACAUACUAAUCUUUCAGUUUUGGGGGGGAAAUCUGAGCUGUAUGAAAAUGCUCUGAAAGGCCCUGCUGUGUUCCUAGUAGUAUGUUUUUAUAAGAAAUGAUUUGGCAUUGCAUAAUCUAAAACCCUUUCAAAAUGAUGCUAGUCAACAUUUUCAUUCGUAUUUUAAAGUGGUUAAUGGAAACAAUAUUUUUCAAUUAUAGGUCAGCGGCGGUCAAGGAAUCUUGCAUGCAAUUCAGAUCGAUAAUCCUCUGUUAACAAAGAACUACUGCAUAUAUUAUAACUCUGAGUGGACCUCCCUUCCUAGUGCCUUAAAUAACGUUGUAAGUAAUUAUACUCUUGUAUUUCCUAUGAAUCAAGUGACUUUUCCUUGGGAAAAUAUGUCACAAUCAUUCACAUCCUAAUGGCACAAUCUUUCCAUCUAGACUAUGCCAUGUAUGGUAUGGGUGUGCCAGAAAAGGCCCUUGAAGUAAGGCUAGAUCUAUGUGUGCAACAAAAUGUAGUGAGAAUGAAGUGGUUUUGAGGUCUGAAAAAGUAGAAUGGUUUCAGAUAAUAGUUGCAAAUAUUCCCCUGGUAAAAGAAACUUGCUGCAAACAGAUGACUAGUCUGGAUGCUGGACUAGAGUUCUACUUGCAAGGAGUGUUAACGUGGGGAAAACACAUAGAAACAGUAUCCCAUGUCAGCAGUCUGAGUGGUACAGUAAAUACAAUAUUAAACUAAACCACUAAGGUGUCUGGAAGUACAGUUUCUUUGCUAAUGACUUUUCAGCUUCAUAGUGUCAUGAUCUUUAUUCCAUCUGUUUUCAGUAAAUAAUAAGGCUGUUAGAUUAACUGCUUCAGCCAUAUUACAGAAUUCUCUUGCACUUCCAAUCUUUUCCUUUUGCAUCUUAGACGUAUACAAGACUGGAGAUCUUGACCCCCAAAUUGCUUUGCAGUCCCUCGGAUGCCACUCAUGAAACUGUCAAGGACAAAGCAAUCGUUGUGUCGAGAGGAAACUGCACUUUUGUAGAAAAGGCAGAGAUCGCUCAGAAACUCGGUGCUAAAAUGCUGCUCAUCGCCAGUGACACUGGCAUAGUAAGUUCUAAUAGACAUGGCUGCUUUUGCAUGAAAAAUGUUUUGCUUAAAUUGUGGUGGUUGUUUUUGUCGCAUUAUUGUGGGUUUCGUUAAGGUGGCGGUAUUUUCCCCCUUUCUAAAUCCGAGAUGGCCAUCUCACAGUAAUCUAGAACUUGUCCGAUUUUAUUUGGCUCCUGAGGGCCCUACCAAAUCUUAAUCUAGGGUUAGGACUGAAGGGGCAAAGCUUCGGUCAGUUGCAAAGCAGUUCUAUAUUUUGGUGGCCAUCAUCAUAAAUACCCUUUCCUUCUUGCUGAUAUUGAUGGUGAGAACUGAAGAGGGAAAAUAUUAUAUGGGUGAUGGCGACAGAUAAAAAGCUGGUGUACAAAAUGACACUCAUAAAAAGCACUCCUGGGCACUGCCAGGCACUUGUACCUCUCCAGACAGCAAUGAGUCCAGGACUGACCCCAAGCUGCACACCUGAUUUUUCAGGUGAGUGCCAUCCUGGACUGGUUGCAUACAGGGCCGUAGCUAGGGGGUGGCGAGGUGGGCCCCCACCAGGGACACAGGUGAUGGUAGGGUGCAAAAUCGGCUUAAAAAUAUCUCCAUAAAUUUAGAUAUUGACUAUUGCCUCAUAAGAAAUGGUUUUAAAUAGAGAGUGAAUUAGAUGGGGUGGGGUGGGGGGUUAGAGGAGAGGCAGAAAGAUGAGCUAAUUUUUCUGUGGCUAGGGGGCACAAUCUGGACUGUUCUGCCAGGGGCGCAAGAUCACCUAGCUACAGCUCUGGUUGCAUACCAUGAUCCAGAUCUGCCAUAUUAAUCUGCAGAAAUAUGUAGUAUGGGCCUAGGAAUAAGACAGAAUGUUUUGAUAGACUAUUCAGUAUACCUGAAGGAGCGUCUCCACCCCCAUUGUUCUGCCCGGACGCUGAGGUCCAGCGCCGAGGGCCUUCUGGCGGUUCCCUCAUUGCGAGAAGCAAAGCUACAGGGAACCAGGCAGAGGGCCUUCUCGGUAGUGGCGCCUGCCCUGUGGAACGCCCUUCCAGCAGAUGUCAAAGCAAUAAACAACUACCUGACAUUCAGAAGACAUCUUAAGGCAGCCCUGUUCAGGGAAGUUUUUAACGUGUGAUAUUUUACUGUAUUUUUGGUUUCUAUGGAAGCCGCCCAGAGUGGCUGGGGAGGCCCAGCCAGAUGGGCUGGGUAUAAAUAAUAAAUUAUUAUUAUUAAGUAGAGAUUCGUUCAGUAAAGCAGAUGCAUUAUGAGUGUCCUUUUUCUAGGAUACUCCUUAUGGUAACAAGACUGCAAACAUCACCAUCCCAAUUACACUUGUAAGCAGUGAAGAUAUAAUCAAUUUGAAAGAGGUAAGUACUUUUCUGGAUUGCUUCGGAAAAUGGGAGUUGAAACGGGUUUGGAAAUGAGAGAUUUUGAUUUCACUUCUGGGCCUCUGUGGCGAUCACACAGGGUCCCUGGACGUUUGACGGUCUAUUGACCCUGUGCCACCACUGUGAUUGCUUUCUUCGCUGCCACCAACCCGUUUCUCAUGGGGACACACGGAGUCCAGACAGUUGUUAACAUUAACAAAUAAUCAAGUUUAUUUUUAUAAGCAUGAAAAAGCUUAUGGUUUCAGUUAAUUUUUCUUGGCAGUUUCUUAAUCUUAGUUUCUUUACUGACCCAAUAUUCCUAACAACUUCAAACUGAUUAUCCCAACUAACUAUCUGACUCCACCUAACAAUUCCUCUCACUCUCUCACAACACAACUCUACCAACCCACAGACUCCCUCUUCCUUCUCCAACUCCCAACUCUCAACUGACUUUCACACAACUCCCCCUCUAACCCUAACUCCUCCUAUCAGUUUCCACUGGCCAAUCACAUCACACUCAUUUUAACCCUUUCCUUAUGACCCACCUAGGAGGCAAACGCCACAUACUCUUUCUUACCUCUUCUCCCCUCUUUCAGUACUUGGUCAGGUGAAAUCCAAUCACUUUUUGCAGCAUCUUGUUGUAUCUCCUUUGCUCAUUUUUCAGUUUCUGAUUACUAGAAUGGAAAUUUCAUAGAUACUUUGAAGUCUCUGAAAAUACUUUGCUAUGUUGUCUUGCCUUGUUUUUUAUCUGCUCUGAUAUGUUCCUAAAAAGGAAGAGAGAUGCUGGAUGAAACAUGUUUCCCCAAAACAAAGCACCUUAAUCAAGGGCUGUAUUCAACUCAUUUCUAUGCAGAGUUAAAUCAGAGGUCAUGACUCACUCAUUUCUUUCAAUGAGUCUAGGACUUAGUUGGAUACAGUGACAAUAUUUGUGCAUUAUUUUCUUCUCUGACAGUUACUUGACCAAUUUCCUCUUUUUUGUUUGUCUUUGUCAGCAUUAAUUUUUACCACUGUGUAUUCAUUUUUCAUUAGAACACUUGCAAUCAGAAUGAAGGAGUAUGAUGUACUUGGUUUAUUAAAUGGCCAUGGUAGAUUAUGCUUGCAGCUAAAAUCCUCUUUUUUGCAUCUUAUUUUAUUCAUUUUGUGUUGCUGCUUUUCAUACAGUGGUGAUGAAGGUGGGAGGCAGUUUCUUAGAAGAAUACAGUGGCUUGGUUUGCACAUUGCACUAAGUGACACAUGGCUUAGCACAGACCCCUGGAAAGGAGAUUGUGGCUACACCUUCCCAGUCAUUUUGCUGUUGUGCUGCACUGAGCUACAUUUAUGCUAAACUAAGCCAUGCUAAACUAAGCAUGGCUUAGUUUUUCAAACAAUAAUGAUAAAGUAUGGUAAGCCAUGUUUAGCAUGUUGUCCGAACCCUGGUUCAUCAGUUAGUUCUCUUCACACUAACCACAAACUGCAACCAAGCUUUCUCCUAUGAUUUAUGUCUCAUGAUUUUGUCGUCUGUGUGUGAAGGAAAAAACUUAAACACGUUGCAGAGUUCCCAAAAAAUAGACCAGAGGCAAUUUCAUCCAGCAGAGCUUUACUGCUACUGAAGGCAAAUGAGCGUAAUGGUCACAAAUCCAAUACAUUCACGAUUGGCACAGUCCAUAAGAAAUCCAGUUGCAACAGACUUAUUUUAAACUUAACAACAACUUAUAAGACUAAACCUUAACACUAUGGCAUACAGAACAGAACACCACAUCAGAACUAAGACAUAGAAAAAGAAAGUGAGUUCAGGCUCCUUCUGGCCUUACCAUUAUAGUCAGCAUAACCUUGACAGAAAGGAUAACAGAACCAGUUUAAACCAACUGUACUCAGCUUCCCAGAAGGAAUAACCCAAACGUCAGAAGCCUCCUGCUUUCACAUAGACAAGCUUCAAGAACCCUCUUGAAUUGAGCAGAACAGUAAAGAUCUCUACACAUCAGAUCAAUACUUUCUGUACUAAGAAAUGCAAACUGACAGAUUUGUCCAGGAGAGCUGAACCAUGAACCUGGGUUCAGACAACACACUAAACCAAAGCGUGGCUUAGCUCAAUGUAGCACAGCAGCAAAAUGAUUGGGGAUGAGUGCUAGGUACGCCCUCCGAAAGGUCUGGUGGGGCCUGCUGAGGCUGUGGCAGACUCCAUUGGGCCCUCCUGCUGCUAUGAUGGGGAGGGCCCGAUGGAGCCCACCUAGCUGUGGAAUGUUGAGGGGGGCUGGCCCUCGCAUUAAAAUUUGUGUGGGUGCCCACGGCCACCCAGAGAUGGUGCUGGUGCUGCAUGCUUCCAUGCCAGUGUUAAGCCAUGGUUUGGCUUAGCCCGACAUGCAAACCAGGUGAAGAUUGAGGUAUUGUCAGGGAACUGCCAUCGGCUCAGGGGGGAGAGGGGAAAAGCCGGAUGGAUUACAGAGAGCCCCCAAAGAUUAUGGGAAGAAGCUCCUCCUCAGCGGAGGAGAGUAACCACGCCUCCAGUGGAGAGGAGCUUCAGGGCUCGGAGGAGGCGAGGCGGUGCCAGGACACCUUGCCUGGGCAAAGCGGGGAGGAGAGAGGUCCUCCGUUACCCACGCCCUCCUUGCACAGUAAGCUUCCGCGCAGAGAGGGGAGGCGCAGACUGGGCGUCAAGAAACUACUCUGCUGGGGAAGGGUUAAGGACCGCCCACUCAUGGAUUCUGCCAGUGAAUGAGCCAGCCACGGGAGAGUGGCGCUCUGGACAGAUAAAGUUUAUUUUGGCAUCAAAAACAAGGCUUCACAGCUGAGCAGGGAGGUAUUUGCCUGCUUGCUCUCGAGCAACCCCUUGGAACCUUAACAGGUAUGAAUAGUUUUGUUGCUGCAGUCUUCUACAUUCACAUCAUGAGUGAGAAUUGCUUCUUGGUGGCCAGUGUUUUCGUUCAUUGGAGAAGAGUUUAUUCUCUUUCCUGAUUCCCCCCCCCCCCAUGUUCUUCCUGCUUCUCCACUAUGUCCUUUCUACAACCUUGUGAGGUAGGUUAGGCUAGCAGGGCUCAAAGUCAUCCAGUGAUCUUCAUGGGGUUUUGAAUCUGCAUCUCCUCAUUCAAAACUAAAACCACCCUAGAUCUUUCCUUGUUCUGGCCAUUUGAUGUGCUACAAAUGACUAAAAUAUGCAUGUGUAAGCACGUGGGUUGGUAAAGGAAAGUGGACUUCCUUGCAAGGCUAUGUUUCGGAAUAUCCCAGAAUCCUGGUCAGAUAUUGAAAUGUAAAGCAUCUCCUUUCAACAGACAUCUCUAAUCGAUGCUUUUAUAAUUUCCAGGAUCUUGGAAAGAACGUCAACGUGACAUUAUAUUCACCACCUCACCCAAAAUUUGACUUCAGCAUGGUGGCUAUCUUUCUAAUUGCUGUGGUCUCUGUAGCAUUGGGAGGCUACUGGAGUGGAAUGGCAGAGCUGUAAGUUUCCUUGGUUUAACCUUAAUAUAUGAAAAGUUCCUGUUACUGGACAACACAUUUGCUGCUACAGGGACAAUUUUGCUUUGUGUGUUUGUUCUCUCUUUCUCUCAAACAGUUCCACUGGGGAUCGUUCUUUCUCUCAAUCAAUAAAUAUGUGGGGAUCAAGGUCCUGGUCUAUAAGUUGUAUGGGAAGAGCAAAAGAUGGUGAAAAAUCCAUUGAUUUGCUACUGGGAAAUAGACAAUAUUUAGAGCAUCCGCUUGCAGGUAGAUCUCAGGGAGACCUCCGUCUGAAACCCUGGAGAGCUGCUGCCAUCCAAUGAACAAGAUGGACCACACAGAUUUCCCAAUAAAUCCAGUACAGUGGUACCUCAGGUUACAUACGCUUCAGGUUACAUACGCUUCAGUUCAGACUCCGCUAACCCAGAAAUAGUGCUUCAGGUUAAGAACUUUGCCUCAGGAUGAGAACAGAAAUCGGGCUCCAGCGGCGCGGCUGCAGCAGGAGGCCCCAUUAGCUAAAGUGGUCCUUCAGGUUAAGAACAGUUUCAGGUUAAGUACAGACCUCCGCAACGAAUUAAGUACUUAACCUGAGGUACCACUGUAUCCUGUUCAUGGAUCAUUCCAUCUGAGCAGGACAACCAGCUGGAUACAACUCAUUGUGCCAGAAGCAUUCCCAUGGAGAAGGCCCAGUUUGAUGGUAGACUUGUGUGGCUUUGUUAAGGGCCUCCAAAAAGCAUUAUGGUCCACAAAGUCUGAUUGGACCAAAUUAGUGACCCUGCCAAGUGCACUGCUUAGAGAUGAGUUGAAUACAGAAAGGAAUCUCAGUAUCUCACUAAAGGUGAUGUUUAUUCAAUAUAAAUAUGCAUCAAAUCUAUAACUGAUAAUUACUUGAUUUUUAAUUUUGUAGUGUUUUCUCCAUGGGGACACUUUUGGCACAAUGCCUGGAAAAUACUGUUGGCAUUGAAAAGCCACAUGGACUGUUAAGGAAUAGGUUUCCUGGAAAAUCUGUGCAGAAUUUCAAGUCUGAUGCUUUUUAUGGGCAUUUCUCCACCAGAACAACUAGAAAAAGCAUUCCUAUAGGGAAGUCCUAAGAGCAGGUGUCUUUUGUGACUGAAACGUAUUAAGUUCAUAUUAAUACUAAUGACUGGACUAAUAAAUAUUAAGCUCCGCAUAUUCCAUAAGAUAAAUAUAUAUUCAUUCUGUGAACCAUGAUGUAAUCUUGCUGAAUGUUGCUUAGUUGAGAAAAGCCAAUCCAUUACUAAAGCAGAAAGAAACAUCCACAUAUUGAUCUAUGUUGAAAAUGGUAACAAGAUGCAGUGAGAGCCUAUAGCUGCUUCUGUUGGAAGCAAGAAGAAUUACCAACACUGGAAGAAUGGAGGAUGAAGUUAAUGGACUAUGCAGAAUUGGACAAGCUAACAGGAAGGAUACGAAACCGGCGGGACCAGAGAUUCACCGAAGACUGGAAUAAAUUUAUGGAGUAAUUGAAAAGUAUUUGUGAUAAUCAGAUGACAUUUGUAGGUUUACAAAAAGCUCUGUGAGGAAUAAUUUAAGAAAUAUUGUAAAAAUGGAAAGGGAGAUGUAGUGGUUCUAGGGGUUGCUCGUGCGUAAGCCGGUGCAAACACCUGGCUGGGUUGCCUGAGUGAACCUUUUCUGUCCGGACAGCCACUCACCCGUGGCUGUCUCAAUCGCUGGCAGAAUCCGUCAGUGGGUGUUUCUUAAACUUCUUCCAGCAAAGAAGCUCUUUGACACCCAGUCUCCUCCUACUCUCUCUGCGCAAAAGCCUUCUGCGCAAGGAGGGCAUAGGCAGCGGAGGACCCCUACUCUCCCCGCUGGUCCCCGGCAAGGAGUCAUGGGACCGCCUCGCCGCUUCCCCCAUCUGCCCCCCUUCUCCACUGGUGCUACGCUGAUUCUCUUCCCCAGAAGAUGGGCUGCCUCUCCUAAUCCCGGGACUCUCUCUGGAAUCCCUCUGGAUCUUGCUCUCUCCCUCCAGCACUGAUGGCAGUUCCCUGACAGGAGAAAUGAUAUGUUAAGAAAGGUAAAGGCAAUAUUAAGUUAAGAACUGCAGAUGAAGUGAUUACGACGGAGGAUUAUCAGAGGUGCUGACGGAAGUCAAACUAGAAUAUGUGUGUAAUAAUUUGUGUGGUAUGUUUCUAAAAAAUUUUUUUUUGUAUGCUAAAAACCAAUAAAAAAUAUUUUUAAAAAAAUAAUAUAACUGCUUCUGUUUACCCUCACAGUGAGAGUCUGAAGCGGUCUUCAAAUGAUGGAAACAGCGACUCGUCAGAAAGUGAAGAAAACGUGGUUUUAACUCCUAUGACUGCUGUUUUCUUUGUUGCCAUCUGUUGUAUUAUGCUGGUCUUGAUGUACUACUUCUACAAAUAUCUAGGUAAGGAGACAUUUGGAUUUAUUCUGGUCUGACUUUCUGAACUUGCCAUGCCUGCUUCCUGCUGAGGUGGUAGGCUUGGGUCCGGGUUGCAAGUGGGGGCUUGAUGAUUGAAUGCCCCAUAAAAAAAGAAAGAAAACAUUCUAGCGAGACUUUUUCCUGAUACGCUUCGUUUCUUAUAGUGAGGGAUUUAUUAUUAUUAUUUCUUAGUGUUUCUGGAGGAGUCUGCAGUGGUUCAGCCCCAAUUUCAAGCUUACAGACUCAGUGAAAACUGGGGCCCUGCCUGAAUUCAACACUGAAUUUAUAUAGCUUUAUUUAGUUCUACGUAGGAUGCGCCUUCUGUUCUCAUUCUGUUUGAUUUUAUAUAUGCAAGCAUAUUCUCUACUUUUGCCCACAAGGAGGCUGUAGCUCAGUGGAUAUUUUUAUAAUAAAUAUCCACUGAGCUACAGCCUCCUGGGGUGGGGAGAGAGAGAGAGAGAGGGAGAGAGAGAGAGAGAGAGAGAGAGAGAUGAAAUAAAUAAAUAAAUAGAUAGAUUAGAUCGAUAGAUAGAUAGAUAGAUAGAUAGAUAGAUAAAUAGAGAAUCUAGCUAUCUCCCCACCUUUCCUCUAAAGAGUUCAAGAUGCAUGGCAACUUUUUAAGUUGCCUUGAGGGCUGUCGGGGUAAAAAGGAAUAAUAAUAAUAAUAAUAAUAAUAAUAAUUCUCCACCCUCCCUUUCCUCCAUAUCUUAUCCUCACAGCAAUCCUAACAAGUAGGUUAGCCAUACAUCUUAGCUGUACUGUUUUCAGCACCUGCUAAUCUGUAAUAUUCUUUGAUAACACACUUUUUAAAGCUGCUGGUUUUAUUUAUAUUUUGAAUUUUAUUUAAGGCCAACUUGGUUUUAACUUACAAAUUUCAUUGAUAAUUUUAAUGUCUAUUUUAUGUAGAUUGCAUAGAGGCUUUUAUGGUGAAGCAGAAAAAAUAAAAUGUUAGAUAAAAUAAAAUAGUCUGAGAGAUGAUGACAGGCCCAAGGUCACCCAGUUACCCAGAUAUAUGGUGAUACUCCAUAUUUUUCCUGAGCAAUAUUCAGUUUUUUCUCUCCAUGGUGAGCUGAGACCACCUUGGGAAAAUGGGAAUUGUUUUGGUCAUGUUCAUAUGUAUGAAUCUGCUGACGAGCCUCUGGUCAUCUCUCUGAGUCAAUGGGCUUUUGAAAUUCAGGUGCAAAAACCGGGGAGAGGCCCAAAUCCAAAAUUAAUUGGGACUUGGCUUCUGCUUCUAAUGAAGAAAAAUCCCAUCAUUUGAGCAUAGCAGUAAUAGCAUUACGUGUACAUAGCUAAAGUGUCCAAAUUUUAUUCACGUGCAUCUUGCAUGUUGUAGUACAGACCUGUGAGAUAGAUCGUUUAUUAUUAUUCCUGUGUUUAGAGACUGAGGUGGGAACUUAUGCUGUGAGAGUGUGGCUUACCUAAGACUAUCAAUUGAGUGCAUGACAUAAGUGAAAGCCAAGCCAAUGGGUGUCAUGUUGAAUCUACUCAAUAUUGAUCCAGAGUAGAUUCCAAUGUGGGACGCGGUGGCGCUGUGGGUUAAACCACAGAGCCUAGGACUUGCCGAUCAGAAGGUCGGCGGUUCGAAUCCCCGUGACGGGUUGAGCUCCCGUUGCUCGGUCCCUGCUCCUGCCAACCUAGCAGUUCGAAAGCAGGAAGUGCAAGUAGAUAAAUAGGUACCGCUCCGGCGGGAAGGUAAACGGCGUUUCCGUGCGCUGCUCUGGUUUGCCAGAAGUGGCUUAGUCAUGCUGGCCACAUAACCUGGAAGCUGUACGCCGGCUCCCUUGGCCAAUAAAGCGAGAUGAGCGCCACAACCCCAGAGUCGGCCACGACUGGACCUAAUGGUCAGGGGUCCCUUUACCUUUACCUUUUAGAUUCCAGUGUAUAGUUAGCAGAGAAAAAAAAUGUUGCAGAAUUCCCCCAAAAUAAACCAGAGGCAAUUGUAUUUCAUCCAGCAGAGCUUUACUGCUACUGAAGGCAAAUGAGCACAAUGGUCACAAAUCCAAUACAUCCCGGAAUGGCACUGUCCAUAAGAAAUCCAGUUGCAGCAGAUUUAACUUAAACUUACAAUAACAUAUAGUAAGUCUGAACCUUAACACUAAGCAUGCUAUAUACAGAACAUCACAACAGAAGGAAGAGAGACAGAAAGAGAAAGUGGUACCCAGUCUCCUUCUAGCCUUUCUUUUAUAGUUAGCAUGACCUUGACAGAAGAGAUAACAGACCCAAUUUAAACCAGCUGUACUCAGCUUCUCUGAAGGCAUAACCCAAACGUCACAAAGCUUCUGCUUGUUUCUUUCACACAGAGAAGCUUCCAGAACCCUCUUGAACUAAGUAGAAUAGGAAAGAUCUCUACACAUCAGAUCAAUACAGUGGUACCUCAGGUUAUAUACGCUUCAGGUUACAUACACUUCAGGUUACAGACUCUGCUAAGCCAGAAAUAGUACCUCGGGUUAAGAAUUUUGCUUCAGGAUGAGAACAGAAAUCAUGCUCCAGUGGCGCGGCGCCAGCGGGAAGCCCCAUUAGCUAAAGUGGUGCUUCAGGUUAAGAACAGUUUGAGGUUAAGAAAGGACCUCUGGAACAAAUUAAGUUCUUAACCCGAGGUACCACUGUACUUUCUGCACUAAGAAAUGCAAACUGACAACAGGAAGGGAGAUAGCAGUACGAGAGAGAAGGGGAAAAGCAACUGUCAGCCCAAAGCAACACCAAACCAGGACUGGCUUCAGGGCAAAGCAUAUUUCCUCAGGAAAAUUCAUGAACACAACAGUGGCUGCAAUCCUAGAUAUACUUACUAGGAACUGAACCCUGUUGACCCCAGUGGCAGCGUUUACUUCUGAGUGAACAUGCUCAGGAUAUUAGCUAGAGAGUGUUUGUGUAUGGCAGAAGCAUAAAUCAAAAUAGACGGACAUAAAAAUGUAAUAACAUCCCGGAGGAGGCAAGGUUACAUUUCAUACGCUACAUUCCAUAUUGCUAAGAAUAAAAAAACAAAAUUGUAAGUGAUACGAGUGAGGUGAAGAAAAUGAGGCAAAGGUAUCUGUAAAAGGAAAGUAACAUUUGAAAGAGCACAGGCGUGAAUUCCAGAUUUUCAUAGAUAACUGCUGAAAACCGGUGUUGUGGACUGGUAUUGUUAAUAUAAUUAAUGAAAUUCCACCAAGCCACAUAAGGAGGGCUUUGCCCUUGCAGUGUUACCGCAAUGCAAGGUCCAAAAUUUCUAGGUUUUGCAUUUUGAGCAAUCGAAACUGCACAGCCAUUGGUAAAAAGAUUAGAAGUGCCUUAGCUCUGGUGUCCAUAUUUAUUUCUUCAGACAUAAUUUGCAGUGGUUCGGUCACAAUGUCCGUAAUUUCUUUACACUUCGUUCCAAAAAGCAUUAGCCAAUGGACACUCCCACAAUCGGGGGCAGUAUGCACCCCUGCUAUUGCAACCUGACCAGCACAUGGGAGUAAAGUUGGGUGAUAUUUGUGAGAUCUGAACAGGUGCGCUGCACCUUCAUUAUAUUUAUUUUAGGAUAUGUUUCCAAGCAUGAUACAGACUUUGCUGGUCUAGUGGUCCACAUAGUCUUCCAUUGUGCAUCAUCAAUAAUUCCAUCCAGUUUGGCAUGAACAAUCUUUUUUUCCCCUUUGAAUAAUUUGUAAUGGCAUGCUUGUAUCCAAUGUAUCCUUAUUUCCUUUUUUGUCCAGUGUAUGCCGUCAUCACAGUUUUCUGCCUCGCAUCUGCAUCAAGCCUGUUCAACUGUCUUCAUGCCAUAGUUAGAAAAAUACCUUAUGGGCAAUGCAGGUACAGUCCAUAACUCCAUAUGACUUUCCUAAAUAGCUUUGCGGCUAAGAAAAAUUAUGUUAUAUGGUCAGGCUUUUGGCUUGUAAAAUGAAUGCUUUCCUCUUGUGUCUCACUUGAUGAGUUGACUACUCAGUUGUCAUCCUCUCACAUCUCCACUUGUUCCCCUGAUUCCAUAUCCUUCUGUUUCCCAAACUGCUGUUAUUCCCCUCUUUUUCACACAAUUAAUCUCUAUAUCUCCCUCUCCAACACCUCUUCCUCCUUUCAUCCUGCAUGCAAAUGUGCCCCUGUCUUCCCUAUUCCUCAGAAAUCCACCCCUUAACCCACCUUUCCUCUCCAGCUGCCACUCUUCUCCCCUUUGCCUCAACACCCUUUUCAAUCCAUUGAAAUUGCCCCCAGAAAAAUCACUCCUUGCUGCAAAAUCUAAUAGUCUCUGUUCAGUUCUCAUUCUUCUUGUCCUUUCCUCUGCCUUUGAUACAGAUGGUCUGUUUCCACACCCCCCCUCCUGCUUGACUCCUUUAAGCCAGAAGUCUCUGUGAUGUUGUCCUCACCAUGUUCUCUUCCUAUCUGUCUAAUCAUUAUUUCAGUGUUUAUGUAGGUGGAAGCUCAUUUCCUGUUUUCCUUCUCUUUGCUGUGACUCAGAGAACUGUUCUUGGCUUUUUGCUCUUUUUGCUCAAAAUCCUCAUCAGUAGUUCCUAUAUGCACAUGACACCCAGCUUUCUCUCUCUACUUCCUCACUCCAAUCCUACACCUCAGUCUUACCAGAUUUCUGCUUGUGUGUCAUUGCCCAUAACUCAAUAUGCCAAAGACUGGAUUUCUCAUCUUUCGUCCCAAGCCCUUCUCUCCUUAUCCAUUGCCAGUGUUACCAUAUGCCUUGUUGAUCAGGUAUUCAGCCUAGGCUUUAUAUUCUAUUCCUCUCAUUUGCUCUCCCUGUUCACUCCAUUACCAAGGUUCAUCACUUCUCUCUUUAUCCCGUCAGCAGAAACUCUGCUUCAUCUUCUGGCUGUCUGUUUCUAGACAACUGCAACCUUCUCUUUCUUCUGUGGACUCGUCUUAGUCCCUUUAUGCCAGGCUUCCUCAACCUUGGCCCUCCAGAUGUUUUGAGACUACAUUUCCCAUCAUCCCUGACCACUGGUCCUGCUAGCUAGGGAUCAUGGGAGUUGUAGGUCAAAAGCAUCUUGAGGGCCGAGGUUGAGGAAGCCUGCUUUAUGUUACUCUACUGCCACUGGGCCCAUCACCUCCUGCCAAAUAGAAGGGGAAGAAAUGGAGGCAGUGAGAGAUUUUACUUUCUUAGGCUCCAUGAUAACUGCAGAUGGUGACAGCAGUCAUGAAAUUAAAAGACGCCAGCUUCUUGGGAGAAAAACAAUGACAAACCUAGACAGCAUCUUAAAAAGCAGAGACAUCACCUUGCCAACAAAGGUCCGUAUAGUUAAAGCUAUGGUUUUCCCAGUAGUGAUGUAUGGAAGUGAGAGCUGGACCAUAAAGAAGGCUGAUCGCCGAAGAAUUGAUGCUUUUGAAUUAUGGUGCUGGAGGAGACUCUUGAGAGUCCCAUGGACUGCAAGGAGAUCAAACCUAUCCAUUCUGAAGGAAAUCAGCUCUGAGUACUCACUGGAAGGACAGAUCCUGAAGCUGAGGCUCCAAUACUUUGGCCACAUCAUGAGAAGAGAAGACUGCCUGGAAAAGACCCUGAUGUUGGGAAAGAUGGAGGGCACAAGGAGAAGGGGACGACAGAAGACAAGAUGGCUGGACAGUAUUCUCGAAGCUACCAGCAUGAGUUUGACCAAACUGCGGGAGGCAGUGGAAGACAGGAGUGCCUGGCGUGCUCUGGUCCAGGGGGUCACGAAGAGUCGGACACGACUAAACGACUAAACAACAACAACUGCCAAACCACCUUUCAUGUCACUUUGAUCACAUGAUGCUUCUCCUUUAAACCCCAUCAUUGGCUUCCUUUCAAUUCCCAAAUCCAACAUGAGUUCCUUGCCCUUGCUGUCAGAGUCCUCCACCCUCUUAUCUUAUGUGUUUGGAUCUGCCUGCCAGAACACCUACAUAAUGCCACCUCUUUCUUCUUCCAAUUCCUUCUCGGUAUGGCUAUAGACUGAGCUACGAAUCAGGAAGUUCCUGUUUCACCUCUGCCAUGAGUUCACUAGGUGACCUUAGGCAAGUCAUUCCGUCAGCUGCUUCUCUUCCUCCCCUCCACCUCCCACCCAAAUCUGCAACCUGGGGGCGGGAUAACAAUAUAUAUCGGGUUGCUGUGAGGGUUGCAGCUUGAUAAUACACAGGAAGUGCUUUGAACACUCUGCAAGUAUUAGAAGUUAUUACUAGAGGAAGCUGCAAUAUACCCGUAGUUUUCACUCUUUCGCUCUAUAAGACGCACCUGACCAUAAGACGCACCUAGUUUUAGAGGAGGAGAACAAGAAAAAAAAAUUCUCUCCCUCUCUGUGCAGCACCUCUCCAGCAAAGCGGGAGGAGAAACGGAAGGGGCUCUGUUUCUCCUCCUGCUUCGCUGAAGGGGCCAUAGUUCUCAACCUUCCCUUUUUUUGCGGGAAAUUCCCUUAUUCCAGCGCCGUUUCCUGCUGCUAUCCCGGAUUGUUAGAUAUCCCGUAGACUGUCCCCGGGACGGGUGAGGCUGCUGAUCCCUUAUUUUCAAAUCUGAAAGUUGACAGCUGUGGAAGGGGCGCUGCGUAGCUUUCCCUCUCUGCGCAGCACCUCUCCAGCAAAGUGAAGUCAGAGCAGCAAGAGGGAUCGCUGUGCAGCGAAAGCAGCAAUCCCUCUUGCUGUUUUGGCUUCUGGGAUAGCUGCGCAGCCUGCAUUCGCUCCAUAAGACGCGCACACAUUUCCCCUUACUUUUUAGGAGGGAAAAGGUGCGUCUUACAGAGUGAAAAAUACGGUAGUGACUGAGUCCAUUGGUCAGUAUUGCCAGCUCACUGAUUGUCCAGGGUUUCGGACAAUAAUCUCUCCCAUUCCUACUUAGAGAUGCUGAGGACCAAACCUGGGACUUUCUGCGUGGAAAACAGUUGCCCUGCCUCAGAGCUACGGCCCUUACCCAUACAAAAAAUAUACUUUGACUGGAAUGCAAAACCCCCAUAGAAAAUUGCUCUGGAUGAUGCCUAUAGCUGGCAAGCUGCCCUUGUUGGUAUCUGUUGGAGAACUAGAUGUAUUAUUUGCUGUAUUUAUAACAUAUUAUUGUCCCGCUUUAUUUUUAGGUUUCCAUGCUGGGACAGAUGCCUCGAAGUGAGACUCUUUUUUCUCGCUCUAAUAUGCAUAACGACAUCUAUUGUUUGGGCAGUGUUUCGGAAUGAAAAUAGGUAUGUGAAUAGUUCUCAGAUUCAGAAUUGAAAUGAUGAGAAAUGCUGGCUUUGUUGCUUUCUAAAUCUGUGUUGCCUUCAAAAUAUUUAGCUCAGGGUCCAAAUCCUGCAUAGUCAGGAAGGCUUUUCCAGUCUCUCUUUCCAUUUUCCCCUUCUGCUCUCCCCUGUCCACAAGCAUAUGAUGCUAUUGCAUGAGCCUCUUUGAAUCCUGGCCUUGCAGCUCAAUCCUAUACAUUUUUGCAUCAAAAUUAAUUGCACUGUUUUCAAGGGGCUUUAACCUGUAAUAAGUGAGUUGAGGAUUGCAGCUUUAUGUGCAAUAUUUUGUCCCUGUGUUUUACUGCAACAGUUGAUUUAUUUUUUUGUUCUAGCUGGGUAUGGAUUUUGCAAGAUAUCCUGGGAAUUGCUUUCUGCGUGAACUUUAUUAAAACACUCAAAUUGCCCAACUUUAAGGUACAGUAAGCUUUCCGUCUAGCUAAAAAAACACAAAAGAACACCAAUUUCAGAGAGUGUGUGCUGUGUUGGACUGCAGAAAAGGUUGAGUCAAUUUUUGUAGCUUAAGCUAUGGUUGGCUAGAGCAUCUGAUGGAAGUAGACUGUGUCAAAUACAGCUCCCAUACCACAUCAAUUUCUUUUUAAAGUGCUACUCGCUCAAUUUUUCAAAUUGUGGUUUGGAGGGCUGGAAAUGACCUUGUAGGCUCAUGUGUUUAUCCUGUUCCUCAGGCGCCAUCACUUUCAGUUUCUUGUUUAGUCCUAACCAUAGUUUGCCAUGAUGUUCAGAUUGGCCAAGAAUGAUUUGUGUUUCCAUCCAGACCAUAACGACAAACUGUGGUUAGCACUAACCAAGAAAUCAAAAGUGAAGAGGGAAGCAAAAGAGAAUGAACGAGCUUGCAGUUAGUUUUCAAUCCUCUGGACAAUAUAUGUUAAAGACAUACGCUAGAUUAAAAAUCUAGUGGCAGGCUACACAAUGUACAGUAUGUGUGGAUGUAAUUCAAAUAAUGGGAAAACCAACUACCAUUACAAAAAUAUCUGGUUCUAAGUUCUAGUCCUAAACAUAAGUUUGGGAAGUGAAAUAAAAAAAUGUUUUGAAAUUACUUUAGAUUUUUAUUUUAUGGAUAAAAUAAUUCUGUUUUCAAAAUAAAUUGCUAGUGUAAGCUGAAUAUUGUUUCUUGUAUUGAAUUGUAUUUAUCCUUUAUACUUAAACUUUCUUUGUUAACCACACUAAACCACACUAAAUGGUGGUUAAUUCAGAUAUCAGUGGAAGCUUCCAAUUUCCUCCUUGUGGCCAUGCUAGAGAAGAGGGAGAUGCUUGAUGCAUUCUCUUAACACUUCCUAAACCAUUGUUUAGCACUGUGUCCAAACUAAGCCAAAGUCUCAGCGUUAUGGGCACAAGUUUAACGUGCCUGAGUGAAGGAAGGGAAACGACUUCUCGAGUGUUUUAAUCUUACUUUCAUGGGAUCCUGACUAUUGUUAGGUACCAACCAAACAUGAUUUAAAAUAAUCUUUCACUUUCGAAAUGGUGGGUUAUUGAGCUUUCUUGGCAACUAGCCAUGAGUUUGUUCUAGCCAUACAGUUCAUACAUAAUACUAAGCCAGCUUUCACUCAGGUUUGUUCUGGUUGAUAUACACUGCUUUAAACGAUGGUUUAGUGUUACGGGCAAAUGUUGCCAAUUUAUUUAAAUAGUAUGAUGUGAUUGUGCUAUUUUUGUAAGUGUUAAUGACUGCUCAUGAGCUUUAUAAAAAUAACUCUUUUUUUUCGUUCUCUAGUCAUGUGUUAUUCUCCUUGGUCUCCUUCUUGUAUACGAUGUAUUUUUUGUCUUCAUCACACCAUACCUUACAAAAGUAAGUAUGCAGGUUUAUAACUAUUUUUUUCAUUAAAGCACACCAGUAUUGUACGUAUUAAAAUGUAUUUUUUAUUUAUUUUUAGUUUUUAUUUAUACUUCUCAGGUUUAUACAUUUCAUUAGUUUUACAAUCAAUUUAACAUUUCAAAGUUUGACUUCCUUCCCCCUCUUUCUGUGGUUCCUUAAAUGUGUUUUUUAAAAUAUCUCUUGCAUAUCCAAAUUCAUUUAAUUUGCUCAUUUAAUUAUCUACUUUAAAUAUAUACCAGAACCAGAAGCAGUAUAGAGUGUGCAUAGAAGGUUUGUUCCAUUUCAAAGAUCUGGGUAAAGAGAAUUGUUUUUACCUUGUGCCUAAAUGAGACCAACAUGGGGGAUAACUGAGCAUCACUUGGUAGUUAAAUGCACCUGAAGAAAGACCUGACAAAAUAGGAGACAAGUACUGUGAAUCACUUGCAUUUUAAUAUUUUAGAAAUUAAAAAAACUGGAUUCUAAUAAGAGUGAAUCCUAAGAUUAUUCUGAGCAGUUCUAAAGUAAGCCAUGAAGCCUUGGCUCUUGCAGAAUACAGUCUAGAGCCUUUGAGUGGCACUGUGAUACCACAAACUUAGAAUAACUUCCCAAUGUUGUGUUCUGCGUAACUCCUGCAAGAUAGGCUACAGGACCCCUAAUUCUGAUUGCCUUAAAGCAACAACCAGGGCCUUAGUGGCCUUAUUGCCGAAACACAGAGAGUAAUGUUUGAAAAGAAAACAGAGUUAAUAUCCACGUUUGAAACUACUUCUUUUAACACACUGAGUUCAAAUUGCCUUUUCCAUUGUUGGCGUCUGUUUUUGAUUCUUCUGUAUCUGGUGAAAUUUUAUUAAAUUUGCACGGUUUCAAGCUUAUUUGGAAAUUAAACCUGCAGCAGGAUUUAUACCCAAUACUGCUGCAGAAGUCAACUUCGGUUAAUUCUGCUUUUCGAAAAAAUUAGAUCUCUUUCAUACUGAUCUGUACACUUGGGUUCAUGAACCGAUUCUGUUUUCUUUUCGUGCAUUCUGUUUCACACAGAGUUGCUGAGGAAUGUACUGCCAAAAUACAUUGUAAGAGGAUUACAUUAGAUUCUGAAUGUUUAAGAAUAUAAACAAUUAAACCCAUGUACUUGCUAGGUGAAGGAUUCAGUAUCACAAUGCUCCAUUUAAAAUUUCAGAGUGGAGAAAGUAUCAUGGUUGAAGUGGCAGCAGGUCCUUCGGAUAGUGGUGAAAAGGUAAGCAUAUAAUCAUCUGAUAAAUACAUAAUUUAUACUCAUGCUAUGUAAGGAAUUAUCAUAUUGUGUUUUCAUAGCUGCUACUGAAUUGAGUUUGCACUAACGCACAAUCCGGUUAAAGUUUAGCACUUUGCUAUCCUUUUGACUUUGGUUACGUGGGAUAAUGAAAGAUGUCCUUAACUCUUUCAAACCAAAGGGAAUAUAAAGUGCUGCACUUGGCCUGAAUUUUGCCCUAAAUAUUUACGUGCAACAUGUUCACAGAAUAUAGCCAUUUUUUCCUACUUUCUUUUAAAGUAUUAAAUGCUUGUUGACUUGGGUUUGAUCCUAGAAUGAUGGAAGCUUGGUGGAAGCCUCUGCUGGGCGGUCAGCUCCUCAUGAGAAAGUAAGGAUUGUAUUUAAGAUCCUCUGAAAAAGAAUAGCAUUUGGGAUUGGUGGGAAUCUCGACUCUCUGUCUCUCCCUCUCCAAAUUUAUUUAUCCAGGGCCUGGAUAUCAAUGUUCCCCAACCACCCUUAAAUUCAGCACUGUUUUUCUCAUUUCACAUGGUGCAUUUUCUUAACAUUCUUGUGCGUAGUUUGUCUGUUUGUCAUCCAUAUGCAUUGUCCUUUUGGUUUAGGUGCUUGGUCAUCUUUUACACACUCAGUAUCUUGGUUGCUGGUUUCUUAGAUCAAGUCCUUUAUGAUCUGAAGUUCUGUGUAAACUAGAUGAGUAAAUAGUUCUGCUGAAUUUUAAUGCUUCCUUUCUUCAGUGCCUUUUGGCGUUGACUUAUGUGGGAUUUUGAAAACACUCUUUUGCAGUUGCCAGUGGUAAUCAGGGUGCCAAGGCUGGCAUUCUCUGCAAUGACGUUAUGUUCAAGACCAUUUUCAUUACUUGGGUACGGUGACAUUGCUUUACCAGGUAAGUGUCUUUUUUUCAUCAACUAAGAUUAACUUGAAGGGACGCGGUGGCGCUGUGGGUUAAACCACAGAGCCUAGGACUUGCCGAUCAGAAGGUCGGCGGUUCAAAUCCCCGCAGUGGGGUGAGCUCCUGUUGCUCGGUCCCAGCUCCUGCCAACCUAGCAGUUCGAAAGCACAUCAAGUGCAAGUAGAUAAAUAGGUACCGCUCCGGUGGGAAGGUAAACAGCGUUUCCGUGCGCUGCUCUGGUUCGCCAGAAGCGGCUUAGUCAUGCUGGCCACAUGACCCGGAAGCUGUACACCGGCUCCCUCGGCCAAUAAAGCAAGAUGAGUGCCGCAACCCCAGAGUCGGCCACGACUGGACCUAAUAGUCAGGGGUACCUUUACCUUUAAGAGUAACUCAGCAUGAUGACCAAAUGGAAAAAUAGAGAGUUAAGAAAUAAUUACGUAAAAAAAGACUUCUCAAAUACCGUAGAACUGAAUGUACCAUUUUUUUAUAACCGCAAAAGAAUUUUUUAAAACCCAAAUAGCUUGAUGAAUGAAAAGUAAACAAAUAAAUAAUAAACUGCGUGAAAAAGAUAAUAGUGACUUUGGAAAAGAAUGGGAACCUUUUGUAACUUAUUCCCAGAAACAAUGUAAAAGUAUGGAUUCUUUGGCAGGGUUUAAAUAAACAUAUAUAAUGUAAUUUACUGCCAGCCUAGCAGUUCGAAAGCAACAGAUGGUAGGGAUUUCAUUCUUGUUUGCUACUUUUCUUUUUGUGAGGAUAGGCUUGGGCUAAGGUGGAGAGCUGAAGUAGUAAGGAGCAGUGAAAUGAAAAGGAGAAAAAUGGUUCAAAAUGCAGGUUCCUAUAUUCCACAAAACUACCGUAGUGCUGGUUGCUGAAAGACCCUUAAUGAGCAUAUUGUAAAUAAAUUCCCACUGUAGGUUAAAAAGUUGUUCAUCUUCUAAAAUUAAUUUUAAAAAAUCAAGUCAGCCAAAAAAACCAGUACAUGGUAUCCCUUCUGAAUGGAUGAUGAUAAUGAUGAUGAUAAUAAUAAUAAUAAUAAUGAUAAUAAUAAAUACAGUACUCUAUUUAGUUGCUCAGUGGUCACAUUUUUAGGAAUUUUCUGAAAUAUCAGUCGGAAACUUGAUUUAAAUUUGUGAUUUAAGUUGGGCUUUUAAAAUAGGGUGGUAUAUAAAUUCAAUAUAUAUAUAAUCGUUAUUUAAAUCAGUGAUUAAAAUCAAUCCAUAUUGCUGGUAGCUAGCUCCAUGGUGGAUGCUUGAAUAAAGGUAGAUGGAGCAAAUCAUGCCCUCUUUUAGCCUUCUAAAACAGUAGCUAAGGGUGCCUUCACAGAGGGGAGGGGAGCAAGGCCCCCAGCCCCUUUUGUAAUCCUAGGACAGGCAACCCAAACUCGACCCUCCAGAUGUUUUGGGACUACAACUCCCACCAUCCCUAGCUAACAGGACCAGUGGUCAGGGAUGAUGGGAAUUGUAGUCCCAGAACAUCUGGAGGGCCGAGUUUGGGGAUGCCAGUUCUAUGAUUUCCUAUUCAUUAGUAUAAGAAGAGGAGAUAGUGAUUUUGCUGGCUUCGUUUACUUCCGGACAAAUAUUUCUGACCUAUAAUUUUGUGUUUUUUUAGGUCUCCUGGUGGCCUAUUGUCACAGGUUUGAUGUUCAGACAAGCUCUUCCUCUGUGUAUUUCAUUACUUCCACGAUAGGUAAACAACUCUAACUCUUAAUGGGACUAUAUUUACAGUGAAGCCAUGAACAUACUAGGUGUAUGUUACUCAACAGCUCUCUUGUUCCUCUCUUUCUACAGCUUAUGCUAUUGGCAUGUUGGUCACAUUUGCGGGCCUGGCGCUAAUGCAGAUGGCACAACCAGCCCUUCUCUAUUUAGUGCCGUGCACACUAAUUAUGGCCACGUUAGUUGCUUUGUAUCGCAAAGAGAUGAAAAAGUUCUGGAAUGGCAACAGCUACCAGGUAGGCACAGUGCAUUUUGGUCAUUAUGUGUUUACUUUGUCCAUUAAAAAAAACCAUACAGAUGGCACACAGAUGCUGGCAUCACACAAAUACUUCUGGUUCAUACGUUUUUAACAGAUGGAUGCUUUUGGAAGACGUAGCUCUUGCAUGUUACAUGAUACAAAAUAGGGAACUGAGACAGUCUUUUUUUGUUCACGUUUUGAAUUUGCAUUUAUUUGAACACCUGGCCCUUCCCUAGACUAAUAAUUGUUUAGUAACAAUACCAGCUUGCUUUUGUGUCUCUUUCUUUAGGCGUAAUAUAGCCAGGUGUAAAGAAAAAUAGGAGGCAUUUUCCUUCCCUAUAGUGAAAUUGACAAAGGCCUAGUUCUUAUUGAGAUCUGUGUCUGGUCCGUACCAUUGCAGACUGCAGGUGGGGGCUCACAUGGCUUGAGUGCUCCUUCAUUCAGAAAUAUUCCCUCCAGAUAGAAAGGUAAUGUGUUAGGGUUCAGGUUUAUAUAGUUUUCUUCGCGGAGGACUUUCUUUUUCUUUUCUUUAUUUGUUCCGUUCUGUACUGCCUCAGAUUGAAAAGAUUCUAGCCAAUUUGAAAUGCAAAAUCCAUAAAAUAAAACAGCCAUAGAGUGGCAAAUAAAAAUAAAAUGACAGUCAAAAGUCAAGGGUUUAAAGGAGCCGGGAUGUUUAAAACGACUGGUUUGAAUAAAGAGAUUUUUUGCCUGUUGUCUAGAAGGUGUGUCUGUAUCCAACGCUAGUCCUACUCAGAGCAGAUCCAUGAAAAUUAAUGAACCCUAUUCAACCCAUGGAGUUUUACCCAGCACCAGCUUUGCUAAGAAAGGCAUUUCACAGUUGGGUCGCGAUUGUUGCAAACGUCCUUUCUCUGGCUGCAACAUCGCUCCCUUCUGUUUUGAAGUGUAGUUGCAGCAGGGUGUUGGCUGAUGACCAUAAUGUGCAGGCAGGUUGGUGUGGAAAGAGGUGUUCCCUUAAGUAUUUUGGUUCCAAGCCAUUUAUGAGUGUGAAGGUAAGCACCAGGGACGCGGGUGGCGCGGUGGUAUAAACCACUGCGCCGCUUGGACUUGCCGAUCAGAAGGUCGGCGGUUCGAGGCCCCGCGACGGGGUGAGCUCCCGUUCGGUCCCAGCUCCUGCCAGCCUAGCAGUUUGAAAGCACACAAUGCAAGUAGAUAAAUAGGUACCACUCCGGCGGGAAGGUAAACGGCAUUUCCGUGCGCUGCUCUGGUUUUGCAAGAAGCGGCUUAGUCAUGCUGGCCACAUGACCCGGAAAAACUGUCUGCGGAAGUGGACAAACGUCGGCUCCCUCGGCCUGUAAAGCGAGAUGAGCGCUGCAACCCCAGAGUCAUUUGCGACUGGACUUAACGGUCAGGGGUACCUUUACCUUUACCUUUACCUUUAGGUGGGCAUCAGAACUUGGUGGGCUUCGAAGCAAAUAGGUAGCUAGUGAAGUUAGUCUGAACCCCAAGCUGAGCUGUGCGAUUAAUCUUAACUAUGAUUUGUUUGAAACCAUCCAACUACAAACCAUGGAUUGUGGAGCUGCCUUAUUUCAACAAAGAAUACGUCAAAAUGCAAUUUAGGAGCUAGUUGUCAUGCUAAGCUGUGGAUAAUUCACAUUGGGAGUAAAAGCUUGCAAACUCCUUCCUGCUGCUUGACCUCAAGCCCAAGGCCCACCUUGGCAAAUUCCUAUCCCAAUAAACUAUAGUUUAUUGUGGUGUCCAAACGCAGCCAAUGAAUCAUAGAAUUGUAGAAUUGGAAGGGAUCCCGGGAGACAUCUAGUCCAACCCCCUGCAAUGCAGGAAUCUCAAUUGAAGCAUCCAUGACAGGUAGCCAUCCAACCUCUGUUUUAAAACCUCAAAUGAAGGAGAAUCUGCCACCUUUCAAGGGAGUCUGUUCCACUGUUGAACAGCUUACUGCCGGAAGGUUUUUCCUGAUACAGAUCUUUUUGCUAGGGGAUAUUAAAUCCAGAAGCCUCGUCCUACACCUCUCACUGCUGCUUUUAAUGGCUUGGUUGCAGUACUAGUGGCUGCCAUGUUCUAGGAACGCAUAGUACUAAAAUAUAAGACCACAACAUGCUACUAAUCAUGAUGGCUAUGCAGCUGCCAUGUUCAAAGGCAAUAUGCCUCUGAAUGAAUGAAUAUCUGUUUGGUUAUUGGUUAAUCGGCUGAUGAAGCAGAAAAAUUGCAAACUAUCUAGUGAAGACUGAUCCUUCUUUCCAUAUUUAGAACGUCAACCAAAGAGGUUCAGCUUCAUCCAGUGUGUGCUUUGUAGACCUUUUUAAAUACAGCUUUUAUGACAUCCCGUAUGAGUUCUGAUUCCCAGAGUCUGUGUGCGUCAAGGAAGCUCUGGUUACUGUCUUUUCAGAGAGUACUCAAGCAUAAAAUUCUUUGGAUUUGAAUGAUGUUUUUGCCUUUGUUCGCUACCGAAGUUUGCUCUAAAUACUUCAGCCCUAGUUCCUAGCUAACAAAAGACCACUCAUACCUCAAUAAGAAGCUUCAUUAUUUAGAAGUAUUAUGUUGCCAUAGAGAUUGUUUCAUAUGCUUUUCUCGGCUAGCUCCUUUUUGAAGGAUUAAAAUUGCUCUGAACUUUGGACCUUUGUGUCAGCUUGACUUCCCUUGGAAUGAAAAACGCAGACUUAAAAUUUGGGAAUCUGAGUGCAGUUCAAAUAUUGUGCACAGAUUAAUGAGACCGUUGCUCCGGUCUUGAUGCACGCAGCUUGAAGAAUUGUUCUCAUUAUAUUGUACUCCCAUCUAUCUUGACCUUCAAAAAAAGUGAUGAGGUAUAUACAUUGAUUGUGUGGCUCAGCAAGCUUCAACAUGCUUUCAUUAUGUCAUGAGACUUAAAGGCAUUCAUGUACAUUUUUUUAAAGGGGAAGAGGGACAGCACUUCAAUAUUGUUUGUGCUCUCUCCAGAUGGAUUGUAAAGAUACUUAGUCCAUUUUUUUUAUUAGGCAUAUAGGAAGUGUUAUACUGAAUCUGACCACUGGUUUAUCUCACUCACUCACCAGGAGUGGGAGACUUUUUUGGCUCCACAGGCCAGAUCCAUAUCAGGAUCUGCCUCCCGGCUCUAAUUUGUUGCUAUUCACCUGGCAGCUCAAAUAACGUCAGGUGGCUUGGUGCUUUGAAAACCACUUUGCAUUGAACCAGUUGAUAAAACGAAGAGGAAAAACCUCAGUCACCUGCAAGGUGCUGUGAAGUCCUGACUUCAGAGUGCAGCAAAACUGAACAGGUUUGAGAGACUUCCCUACGGGGAUCUGUUUUGCACACCCAAAUCAAACUGGAUGGACUUCUGCUCACAUCAGCUGUUAACACAGGGAUGUCACUCCUGCUCAGCACAAGGUCUGGGUGCACAAGCGAGCUCUCAGCAAGGAGCUGUUAUGUGUAUCCAAAUCCAAACCUCGCACCAGCUGAUUGCACUAACCCAGCACUAAGCAGGGCUGACUUCUCUGCCUAUUGGCUGAUGCGAGGGAAGCUCAAUGCUGCUUGAUUAUAUAAUAAUAUAAUAAUAAUUUAUUAUUUAUACCCCGCCCAUCUGGCUGAGCUUCCCCAGUCACUCUGGGCGGCUUUCAGUCAAGUGUUAAAAACAAUACAGCAUCAAAUAUUAAAAACUUCCCUAAACAGGGCUGCCUUCAGAUGUCUUUUAAAGAGAAGAUAGCUGCUUAUUUCCUUCACAUAUGAAGGGAGGGUGUUCCACAGGGUGGGCACCACUACCAGGAAGGCCCUCUGCCUGGUUCCCUGUAGCUUCACUUCUUGCAGUGAGGGAACCGCCAGAAGGUCCUCGGCGCUGGAUCUCAGUGUCCAGGCUGAACGAUGGGGGUGGAGACGCUCCUUCAGGUAUACAGGACUGAGGCCGUUUAGGGCUUUAAAGGUCAGCACCAACACUUUGAAUUGUGCUUGGAAACGUACUGGGAGCCAAUGCAGAUCUCUCAGGACCGGUGUUAUGUGGUCCCGGCGGCCACUCCCAGUAACCAGUCUAGCUGCCGCAUUCAGCUCUCUUGUGCAUCUGGACUGAGUAAGAGUGGCCUACCGCAUCUCUGCCGAUGCAUGGGAGUACAGUCCUGCUUUGCACAAAAUUUCAGAAGCUCCCGGCAAACAGCUGGCCAUUGGGCACUUUGGAAGCUGCACAAGGGGAUGUGACGGGUGCUGCCUAUUGGCUGAAAGGGGCUUUGCAGAUGCUGCCAAGGACUGCUCUUACCUGCACCAUGCCUGACAUCAGAAAGGCCUUGCAGGUCAAAUGAAGAAUCUGGCAGGCCAAAUUUGUUCACAACUGACAGUGUAUGCUGCCUGGCAGCAGCUCUCAAGGUUUUCAGACGGGGUCUUUCUUCAUCCUACUUGGAGAUGAUGAAGAAGGGUUUGAAUUUGAUAUCCCGCUUUAUCACUACCCUAAGGAGUUUCAAAGCAGCUAACAAUCUCCUUUUCCCUUCCUCUCCCACAACAAACACUGUGAGGUGAGGGAGGCUAAGAGACUUCAGAGAAGUGUGACAAGCCCAAGGUCACCCAGCAGCUGCAUGUGGAGGAGCGGGGAAGCAAACCCGGUUCACCAGAUUACGAGGCCACUGCUCUUAACCACUACACCACACUGGCUCGCAUUGAACCUGGGGCCUUCCGGGUGCAAAGCAGAUUCUCCACCCCAUUCUAAACGAAGAUCCUGAGCGAAGUGAAUUGAUUUAUUAUUGUUGUGUGAUAGAUAUAUUUUUUUUUGGUUGAAAAGUAGAAUACAGAUGGAAAUAAUAACAGAAUGGAAACAGUUCCCCGAUCUCGAACUGCUGCACGGCAAACAUUCUGUGCCAUUCACGCUCCCAGCGGUGGCACAGCUGAGGCUCAUUUAAGGUUCCUCUGCAAGUUCCCUGCAGGGUUGGAUCAGGUCCCAAAUGUGCAGUGUAAAAUGUGACUGUGCUUGAGUUAAUACUCACAUGACACAAGCUUUCUAGAGUCAGCUCUCCCUAGAGAGCUUUUUACUUGUUUUGCACUGUUCUUCUUGUGUAUUAAAAACAAGUGGCUCUCGCCAAGGCAAUGAACUCCUCAAGAAUAUGCUUGUCACAAGGCAUAAUAAGCAGUAGUAUUGUACCUGAGUAAAACUCCAUUUUCCCCCCACAUCAGCCCUGUUCAUAAAGAGAGGUAGUUAGCACAUACUCUCCUGAAACCUUGGUAGAAAGGUUUGUGUCAGGAAGACCUUGUUCAAAUAAGUAUAUUGUUGCUUCUGAAACAUUGCAUACUUCAUUUUUUCCAUCAGGGCAGAGGUGUAUGGAGGCCUGAGACUUCCUUUCCUUUCUGACAGGGUACAGAAAUGAACGUCUGGCCCAGGGCCUUAGUUGCCUGCUGACCUUGACUUUUGUCGGGUUUCUCCAAAUCAAUGUUAUUCAAACCUUUCAAGGUCAUAUCUAAAGCACUAUUAUACCACUUUAACAGACACGGCUCCCUCUCCCCCAAGAAUCCUGGGAACCGUAGUUUGAGUGCUGAGCGCUGUUAGGAGACCCCUGUUUCCCUUACAAAGUUACAAUUCCCAGAGUGUCUUCACCAGCACUUCCUCUUCCCAGGGAACUCUGGGAAUUGCAGCUCUGUGAGGGGAACAGGAGGUGUCUCCUAAUAACUCUCACCGUCCUUCUCAAAUUGCAUUCUCCAGGACUCUUUGGGGAAGCCAUGACUGUUAAAAAGUAUGGUGCAGAUAUGGUCACAAUUAGAGUUAGUUGACCGGCAUGCUCCCACAGCCUAGGUGCCAUAUUUUGCAACCGUCUGGUCUUAAGGAUACCAGGAACCUCUUCCUGUAGCGGAAUGUGGUCCCAUCCAGAACAGGUAAUGUCUUCAGUUCCCGCCUGUCCAAAUUUCCUUCCAUUUUGUUGGAACUCAGCCUUAGCUUACGGACCCUUAUCCAGCCCACCUCUGUGUUCAGGCACCGGUCUAGGACCUGCAAAGCUUCUUCUGACUAGUGCGGUACAGAGAAUCAAGAGAUUAAAUUGUGCGUGAUUUAUGUUUUAUUCUAGACUGAGCCGGCAUUAAUAACAACGCCUCCAGGCGAGAGGGCAGCCUGAUAAGUCAGCCUAAGUGCCAGUGAAGGGACUAGUUGAGGACCGCAUUUUGAGGCUUGUAUUUAAUCUGCACUGUUUUUUUUGUAUUUAUUUAUUUGGAUUGAAUGCACACCUAUAGUUGUUAAGAGUGCCCCGUUACUCGCCUCGACAGCAUAAAAUAGCUAUUCUGAACAGUUUCAGUGAUGUAAAUCAGAACCUAUUCAAGAUGUGGACUGGUUAGGUUGCUGCUUUGUUCUGCCUCCUAUUCAGCCCUGCCUUCACAAUGACACCAUCAUGUGAAUCAGCCCAAGAAAGCAUAGAACUGUUCAGAAAGCCUUGUGGGAAUGAUCUAUAUUCUUAAUGGGUUAAAAUCCUGAAAUGGAAGUGGAGGUGUUGGCCACAUCCAGUCUCUCGGCUAGACUUGAACUCGGUUCUGCAGCAUGUAUAAAUUAUGCAGCUUUAACAUGUCCUUAUUUUAUAUAAUUUACUUCUGCUUGGCAUGAAAAAAAGACCAUGAAACUAUGACCUCUAGAAAUGCUACCCACAAUGUAUGUGGUAUCUUUGAGAAAAGUCACCAAUUACCCAUUUUUUUCAAGCCUGUGUUGAAAUUCCUAGAAGGAAUUUUGUAACUCAACAUGAAAGCUGGUUCAUGGGGUGCCGAUUUCAGUUCUCAGUACAGUUCUGCAUUCUGUGGUUCUGCAGAACUGGGCAAUCCAUACACAUCCGGAGCUCAAUUAAACAAAACACCUCCCCCCACCCGCCCAAACUACUUGGGUGUGUUUUGUUGAUGUGUUUAAGUUUUAGCCAUCAUCUGAUCAUCCUCCAGCCUACCUAUGUUUAUUUUUGGCUGGAGUUGGCAGCGUGACUUCUCAGUCUGCUUUGUGUUUCAGUCCUGCCAGUACGAGAGUCCAAUGACAUUAGAUUAGAUGUCAUUGUGUAGCCAAAAUCUGCUCUUCAAAUAAGACCAGUGAAGUGCUUAUCUCCAUAGGCCUGUUUGUACUGUCUUCCAAAUAUGUAUGGUAUUAGUUCAGAGGGCUGCAUGUACCCAGGCUUCUCAAGCAUGAUCUUUCUGCACUGUUCCCUGAGGUAUGCAAGCAAAUGUUUUCCUUCUGAACAACACUCCUUGGCCCUCCAUUUGGUAGCGUUCCUUAAAAUUGCCACUGUCGAUCCUAGCUUGAUUGUAGAAAGGAAUUUUGCAGAUUGGCAUAAUUUCGAAAGGUAGAACGAAAUCCAUGAACCACUUGCUUUUGAAUUUCAUUUUGACAAGCCCAUUGAGUUUUUGUUCCGUGUUGAAUGGUUAGCUUCCGCAUGGGGAAGUCACAAGAAUUGGGAUAGAAUUAUAUUUUUGUGUUAUGGAAAUGGGGUUUUCUGGUUACUGGUACUUUCGAUGCCAUUUUUAUUUCUUUCUCCAGCUUGCCCAUUGGAGACAAUGGAUGAAUCGAUAAGUCUUUAUGACAGCAAUGAUUGGGACACCAGUGUGGUCUCUCGCUUGCAAAAAAAUAACAAAAUUUUAAUUAGUAGCAACCAAGCGAGUUCAUGAGUGGGUCUUACUUCAUGUGGGAAAUGUGAUUGAUUUUAGUUUUUAAAAACUAAAGGUUUUAGUUUUUAGUUUAGUUUAGCCUUAAAACUAAAGGUAAGCCAACUUGCUCCAUAUGUGACAAAGAGAAGCCACACAAUUACUGGCAUAGUUCAUACUUUUGCUUCCUAAGAAGGCAUCAUGUAGAAAGAAGCCUCCCAGUUGUAGUAGUGUCUCUGUUUCUAAGGAGCUGUACCUCUGUUACCUGCUUUCCAGCAUUCGCCAUGCUUUGGACAAGGAGAGAUGUUGUUUACACACCCUCAUGGCUGUGUUGUUUUUCACUCUCCCUUUUUUUUUCUGGCGGGAACAAGAAAAUGAAAAGAGGACAAACUGUGGUUGCCUCUUAGCUAGUUUUGGACCAGCAGCUGCUCAGAUGCUUGUUUCCCCAUGAUAUGUUGUUAAGAGGCAAAAGUAUGAACUGGACUGAAUAUUCAAAUCCCUCCUGGCACAUGUCUGGAUUCUGAGACGAUUCUCCUGCAGGUCAACUGCAGACUGAAACUGCUUCACACUUGGCUCUGACCCAGCGUACAAUAAAUAGCAAAUCCUGGCUCUGAACGGGCAACAUGACUCAAGUCCACUCUACUUCCGUACCUUUAAAAAAAGUGUUAUGAAUUACUGCACAUAGGAAAAUACUUGACUCAUUAAAAACACAUGCUUUGCUUGCCGAAGUAAUUGAUACAAGGCAAUAUUGCCUUAAGCUCUUCUCUGUUCUUUAUUUGCAAUGUGAAUGGCAACCUAUGUCACUCAUAUCACACAAGCAUAGCUAACCUAAAUGGCUUUUAUUUUAUAUUAACACCCAGCUACCAAGUUGGCCCAAAUGUGGGGGUUUUUGCCUCUUUUGAUUGCAGACUUCCUGGCAGAUAUAUUAAUAGAUAGUGUAAAAGCCCUUUUUGAUGAAAUCAUUCUUAGUUCUUGUUUUUCCAUUAGCAGUAGACAGACAUUUGCCCACUGCAAGGAAAAUAAUGACCCAUGCUAACUAUUUACUUUCUGGGGAGUCGUGGGUUUUCAAUUCCUGUUUCCACCCCCUGCCCUUCCAACCCAAAACUCUAAAUCAUUUGCUAACUUUUUAAACUGGACAGCUUUCCCUCCUUUCGUAUUCAGUGUGGAACAGUCAGGGGUCAGCAUCACAACAAGGAUGCAUAUCUCAUAGCUUAGAUGAUAUAUUAGGAAUCCAUUGUGUGAUGUUUAGUAGUUGUAGGGAAGUAUGAAGAUUUGCAUCACACUUUUUCUAAUUUAUGCAGUUAUCUGCGAAUUUUCUAUAUACCCAGUGGCUUUAGGCAUGUGAGUAAUAUGUCCUUUUCCUUUCUGCUGCCUAGCCAAGUUGGUUUUUCAAACACUUCCAACUUUAGGGGUUUAUCUGCACUAUCUUAACUUCUAUAGUCCACUCUUUUAGAAUAUUCAUUUAUUCAUUCAGCCUUUAUUGAAGAAGAGUUUGGAUUUGAUAUCCCGCUUUAUCACUACCCGAAGGAGUCUCAAAGCAGCUAACAUUCUCCUUUCCUUUCCUCCCCCACAACAAACACUCUGUGAGGUGAGUGGGGCUGAGAGAUUUCAGAGAAGUGUGACUGGCCCAAGGUCACCCAGCAGCUGUAUGUGGAGGAGCAGAGACGCGAACCCGGUUCCCCAGAUUACGAGACUACCGCUCUUAACCACUACACCACACUGGCACAAUCUUUUAGAAUACUGUAGUCUGAUGAAGGAGCUAAAAAUUUUCUGCUGAAGAUUUUCAUCAACUCAGUCACUCUCACACAGAAAUGUACUUCUUGGAGCAAGGGAGUAGCCAGUUUCCAUCUUUACUGAAGAACCUUCCAUCAGCACCCUCCUACAGAACAGGUUUUCAAAAACCUAUAGGAAAAUUUCUAAUGUGCACUUGUGGGUACAUUAGAUUGCAGCCCAGGACAUAGGAUACAUUCUUUAGCUAGGUUUUUUUAAUUUCUUUGUUUGCUGCCCAAGCUUGGUUCAGUUAAAUGCCCUUGUAUCUAUUACAUAAUCAUUGUAACAGUUGCUUCGAAAGAGUGCGCAAAGAUUUUUAUUUUAUUUUAUUUUAUUGGUCUAUUAUCAGGUGAUGGAUCCCAUGGAUUUCACUACAAAUGAAGAAAACUCGACGAGAGCCAACGAACAACGUGAAAGACAGUAA